AUGGGAAUCAAACAAACUGCAGCUAAAAUGUCAGCAAAGCUCAAUAUCUCCUUUAGUGAAGUGUACCAGCCCAAAACAGAAAAUAACGGCGACCCGUCGCCCCCGAGCGUGAUAUAUCUUCUGAUUUCCCCAUUACUCCCUCCAAUGUCUCUUUUUGUGACUAUGUCAUUCCUGACGCCCAAUAAGCGACUUAGCACCCGCGUGGAUGGAACUUUCGUAACGGGUCUUCAGCCCCGGGAAGCUUUGACAAGCCAUCGAUGCCUUGCAAUUUAUGGAGACAAUGAUUCCUUUACAUCGGUCAAGCGAUUACGGAUUUGGUCCCAAGAAUUAUCAAGUAUUCCUGGAUCCUUAUUCAAAACUUUGGAGAUCCCAGGAGCUGGCCAUUUUUGGCGUGAGUCCGGCGCAGAGGGCGCAAUGAGGAACGCUAUCCAGGAGUACAUUCAAACUCACCUUCUAUAA